ACACUAGUCGCUGCCCCAGUGUGUGUCUGAAUCUUCCAGCGUCUCGUCAUCAUCCUCCCUCCCUCUGACAGGACCGGACCAGGAGCCGCAGGACCAGGAACAGCACCACGACUCGCACCCGGAUCCAAGUCAGCACAGGACAAAACAUGCAAGUCGUCGAGAAGUAUCACUGCCAGAUUCCGGGCUGCUCCAUCCAAGUCAGCAGGAUCAUGCGUCCCGAUGAUGCCAAUAUUGCAGGCAAUGUUCAUGGAGGUACAAUAUUGAAAAUGAUAGAAGAGGCUGGAGUCAUCAUUAGUACCAGGCACUGCAACAGGCAGAAUGAGGAACGCUGCGUUGCUGUGUUGGCUCGUGUGGAGCGCACAGACUUUCUCUCACCAAUGUCCAUUGGGGAUGUAGCACAUGUCAGUGCAGAGAUAACCUAUACGUCAAAGCACUCUGUUGAAGUCCAAGUUAAUGUGAUGGCUGAAAAUAUUCUCACAGGUGCUAAACGAUUGACCAACAGGGCAACACUGUGGUACGUGGCACUGUCCCUGGAGAAUGUAGAUAAAGUGGUUGAGAUUCCUUCUGUGCAGUAUACAAGUCCUGAACAGCAAGAAGAAGGUAGAAAGAGGUAUGAAGCUCAGAAACUGGACCGUAAAGAGACAAAACAAAGGAGUGAAGAUAUCAUCUUGCCUGCCAUCAAUGUGGAGCCAUAUACUGUAGGAUACAGCCAAUCUAGUCUGAUUCACCUUGUGGGACCAUCUGAUUGUGCCCUCCAUAAAUUCGUUCAAGGAGGUGUCACUAUGAAAUUGAUGGAUGAGGUAGCCGGUAUUGUGGCAGCUCGUCAUUGCAAGACCAACAUUGUGACUGCAUCUGUUGACGCAAUAAACUUUCAUCAGAAGAUUCAGAAAGGAUCUGUAAUGACUGUUUCUGGUCGAAUGACAUUUACUAGUAACAGGUCUAUGGAGAUUGAAGUUUUUGUGGAUGUUGACCAUGUCAUGGAAAGUCCAAAAGGAAAGGCUCCUGCUGUUACUGCAUUCUUUACUUAUGUUUCCUUGGACAAGGAAGGAAAAGCACUUCCUAUUCCUAUGUUGAAGAUUGAAACAGAAGAUGAAAAGAGACGGUUCGAAGAAGGAAGAAACAGAUACUUACUUACCAAAGCCAAAAGGAUGGCCCAAAUACAGAACAUUCAAUAAUGCACAAACCAUCAAUAGCCCAAGGCAGCUAAUGAGAAGUAUUUGACAUUCGGCACUGUAUUACUUGAAAACUAUUUAAGUCUUAAAUGUUAACCAAAGCACUAUUGUGUACUAUUUAAAACCUAAGUAGUAUUAUAUUUGAGCAAAUCUAUGCAUUCCAUUGAGAUAUUUGUGUUUGCAGGUAUUAUACUGUUGAAAAUAUAUCAUUACAGAAAUAAAUGCUGCCAGGCUUUGGCUUAUGAGAA